AUGCAGACCAUGCAACAUUGCGUGUUCGAUCCGACUUACAGAUGUUCCUGUGGAGAUGUCACAUGCUUGGAGGCAUUUCCAGCUCUAGCAGCGAUCGAAGAGUUUCCAGCACUGGAUGUGGAGCCACCCCAAUCCGAGAUGUUGCCGCACACGUCUGCCCACGACCGGCAGGUGUUGGUGCUUCACGGCAGACAGGAGCUGGUGCUGCUCUCGCCUGCUGCCGCAUCAAUCCUCGAGUUGCCGUCCGAGGGCUUUGGCUUCAAGCUGCAGGUGUCAAGUUUGCCAGCCUCAGCUCGACCUCUGCGAGCGGUGUUGCGGAAAGGUGAUUUUAUCUAUGUGCCAGCCGGCUGGUGGAUCUGGUCACAGGCUCUUGGUGCCGUGAUGACUCUGAGGCGUUCUUUCCAGAUUGAGCGAGAAGGUGGACGGCCGCUCGGUGUGCACGCUUCGCAGGCUCCUCUCCUUUGUGCCAGACCCAGAAGCCGAGGGAAGCUGCACAGCUGUUCUGUCACGUCCCGACGGUCACAGUGGGCACCAUGCAGACAUCGCUUCAGACCUGUCGACUGA